AUGGGACGCGAAGACGCUCCGCCCCCCGCCGUACAGGCAGUCUUUGAUGAGAAUCAACAGAUCAUGGAUCUCAUCGAAGAGCUUGCAGCAGAGAAACAGCACAGCAACAAGGCCCAGCGCAACGACAAGGCCCAGCUGCAACACAUUCUUGACAAGAUCUACAGAAAUAUCGCCAGAUACGGUGAUGUCUUUCCCAAGUACGGGCAACAUAAAGAAGCUUAUUUCUACGACUAUGAAGUCGACACAACGGAUGAUGAUGAUAUGCUCAAAACGGAUGAGAACCUUGCCGAACUAUAUGAGCUUUGCACAGAGGCUGAUGAUGUUCUCCUUGGCGCCCUGCGCAAGUUAUGGAUCUGUAGCGGACAGACUGAAUACUUUGACUGGGUUUUCACAAACCAUCAAAUUGAUAGACCGAUUAGCCAGUUGGAUACUGAACUCGCCGUGUGCCUCUCACUCGAAGAGUAUCAGCGCCGCUCUAGUAAAGGGCUGCAGGGAGACCAGUAUUGCUCUUCAGAACCAGACGACGAGAAGAACCUCAAAGGAACGGGCUUGGAUCCGAAUUUUAUCUUGCAGAGGAUGAAAGGAGACGCCAAACCGAUCACAACUGCCAUUUCCUACGAGAUUGACUUUCUAGACGACGGACGGGAUUAUAUAACUGAUUGGGUUUGCGUCUUCCGCCGAUCUUGGCAGUUUUCCCUGGACGCACAGCAGAUCACGGAAGGAAACCUCGGUAAACAACGACAAGAACUCCUGAACACGAUUUUACUCCGUCACCGCAUCCCGCGAGAGAUUCACAAGGAGAUUGCAUCUUAUCUCACUGACCGCGAACCAUUCCCUUACCUCAAGAAAUUCGACAUUGGCGCAGCUUACACUCCAUUCCCUACAGUCGGUGGGAGAUGUCUUGAGUGUGAGCAUCUGGAUGAGACCUCGGUCAUCAAGCGCACGUGCCCUCAGACAGGGCUACACAUCUGGAACCUCGCGUUGCGACGCUUCCACAGUUUUCAUAAGAAUGCCUUCAACCAAUGGUCUCUGUGUAGUCACGGUAGUGAUUGUAAGGGUCACCACGACGGCAGCGAUCACAGCUGGGCUGUCCUCAGAGAUCCAGACUUCACUCUGUUCAUUGAAAAUGAAGCUGCUCGAGGCAAUGAUGAGUUCAUAUCCCUGGAUCAAGUUGGCUUUGGCCCUGCUCAGCAAAUUUGUCUCAACAAAGCGGAGGAUGAGAUUCGAUAUAAACAGCUUCAUGAUGGACCCAUGAUCUACUCUGAAACCCAUCGAGACUGGAUAAUGGCAGGUGGUCUGGGUGGCCUAGUAGACACCAUGCUCCACGGGAGAGUGCUGCUGAAGGCAUGGAGUGAAGGACACGAUGAAGACCGUCAAGACGCUGGAAAGACUAUUAACAUGAGAACCGCCAACUGGGCUGUUGGCCGGAACUUGCUCGUGCAGAGAGCCGCAGAGUUGGCGGUCAUAGACCUCCACUCGUGGCCUGGGCGAUGCGAGUGGUGUCCCGGCAAGGAACACUUUGACGGGCCAGUUGCUCCCGCCUCUUAUCUCCAUGAGACCAUUCGCUCCAAAAACACCAAACCUAAGGGACGAAAGAAGACUUAG